GUUGGUUUGCGAGUUGGCGUGAGUCGAACGCACUCUCGAAUAUUUGCCUUCUGAAUACCGCUUCAUGUUUCACGUUGUGGGACGCUAAAAGUCAACGCCGGUUCAACGAUCAGUGAAAUUAUAUAUUAUUUUGGAUCUGGUGUAACAUGGUUCGAGGUGGACGCGGCGGUAUGAUCAGAGGUGGACGAGGUGGAAUGGGUCGUGGAAUGGGAUUUCCCAGGAAACAAUUUUUGCCCAGACAUCCAUUUGACUACACUUUAUGCGAGGCUGCAUUUCCUCGUGUUAAGCCAGCAGCGGAUGAGGCUGACUUCACCACUGCCCUUCUCAAGAAAAAUUCUGACAUGUGCCCAACGGCAAAGGAGCAAAAUUCUAUUCUCAAUCUAGUCACUAAACUACAGGGUGUUUUAGAUAAUUUAAUUGUCGCACCUGGUACAUUUGAGGCCUGUCAACUUGAAGAGGUCAGACAAGUGGGCAGUUUCAAAAAAGGGACGAUGAUCAAAGGACACAACAUAGCAGAUAUAGUCGUCAUUCUUAAAACACUUCCCACAAAAACUGCUGUUGAAGCCCUGGGAACAAAAGUAAACACUGAUUUAAAAGCAGGGAAUCCCAAAGAAGUAUUUAGGCUGGUUCAAACUGAACGCGGAUUCGAUAUCGCUACUAAUGAAGCCACAGUUCGUGUACUAAUUACCACUCUACAUCAGAAUUUACGUAAAUUAGAAUCCGAGCAACAUCUCGACGUCAAAAUCUGCCAAGGUCACUUAGCAGCCAUCAGACACUCUCGAUGGUUUGAAGAAAAUGCUCACCACUCAAGCAUCAAGGUUUUGAUUAGACUCCUCAGAGAUUUACGAACCAGAUUCGAGGGCCUUGAACCACUCUCUCCAUGGAUGUUGGAUCUAUUAGCCCACAACGCUAUCAUGAAUAAUCCCAGUAGACAAGCAUUGCCAAUUAAUCAAGCCUACAAAAGAGUACUCCAACUCCUAGCUUCCGGACUAUUUUUGCCGGGUUCUGCGGGCAUUUCCGAUCCUUGCGAGGGAGGCAACAUUCGUGUACACACUGCUAUGACCUUAGAGCAACAAGAUCAAGUUUGCCUAACGGCUCAGACUUUGUUGCGAGUACUUGCUCAUGGUGGUUAUCGCCCCCUGUUAGAAGGUGGUAAUAAACUAGCCGUGGAAAUGAGUGUUUGGAGCGGUGGAGUAGUCGCCAGUCCCUUAGACAAGGCCUACGAGCCUCCAACGGAGCAGGAACAGCAGGAGGAAAUGGAAGAAGGAAAUGAAGAAAUGGUAACUCAAGAUGCCUAAGCGGUUUUCAAACUAAAAAACUUGCAUUCGGUGAUCUUUUACUUCAUGAAAAAAUUAUGUAGGAGUGACAAGAAAAUGGAGAACGCUGUCAAUUUUUUCAUGUAUAUUCUCUGAUGUUUCUUCACCACAUAAAAAGUAUUUAUUACAAUUAAUUAUGAUGGUAAAAAAUUCAGUUCUUUCAAAAACCGAUCGUCGUUGCGUGAUUCUUCAGUUAUUACGCAAGUGGGUAAUUCGUUUGGUCAAACGAUUUUUUUUUUUUUUUUUUUUUG